AUGUGUAUGGGCGCAACUUGUCCUACCUGCUGUAAGCUUCUUCGCCCCGUCGGUCGUCUCUGUCGGCUGCCCCCAGCCUUUUCUCCCUAUUCGUCCGCUUCGACGUUCACCAUUGACAACAUCCACCUCCCAGCAAAGCAGACCUGGCGCGGCUGCGGCCGCCACAUCCCGCAAGCCCUCUCCGGCGUUCCCGAGACGGAGUGGUGCGCGUGCACGCCCAAGGUGACUGUGGACGGCAAAGAGUACCCGCCGGCAGCAGGCACCGGCACGGCAGCCAGUACGUAA